AUGUGGGUCCAAGUGUUGUUUGUAUGUGGCUGUACCUUGUUUAGCUGGAAUCUCGCUGAAAACCAAGGAUCUUUCACUCAAAGGCAGGAUGAUAAGGGACAAUGCCAGUACAUCUUCUCUGUGUCCAGUCCGGAGGGGUCCAGCCACUGCCCAGGUGGUCUAACAGAGAUAGAUGGGCUUCUGUCACGACUCACCCUUUUGGAAGCGCUGGUUAGCAGGCUCGUGGGAGGAACUGAUGGGGAAGCUAAGCCUGAUAGAGAGAGGAGUCUUCAGGAGGCCUACACCCAGGUGACAGGGGAGAGGGAUCAGCUGCAACAAGACAUAGAGAGGCUUACCAAGCAGAUCCAGGAGCUGCAGAGGAGACUGUCCAAGACCAGUCUGGAGGUGGAGAGUCUCAGACUAAAGCCAUGUCAGCCCCACACAGGACACAGCCCAAACACUGGUAUGAGUUACAAUAUAAGAACAUGGUACUCUUUGAGCACUGAUGCAUACCAGGAGAUGAGGGCAGAGGUGACAGAGGUUCCUGCUUCUCAUCUUCUACCAGAGAGAAACCAAACAUUAAAUAAAGGUUGUGGAGAGCUUGUGACUGUUGAAGAGCCCGUGUCCCACAAAAAGGCAGAAAGCAUCACCGGGAAGUACGGUGUGUGGUUGCAGGAUCCAGAACCCCAGGGAUCUCUUUAUACCACCAACACAGUGUGGCGUAUCGAUGCAGUGGGCAAAGAUGUUCGCCAGCUCUUUGCAUAUGAAGACAUGAACCAGUUCUCUCGUGGGUUCCCAAUGAAGGUCCUCCAGCUGCCUGAACCUGUGGAGAGCACUGGAGCCACAGUCUAUAGAGGGUCGUUCUACUACCAGCGCAGGCAGAGCAGAACUAUCAUCCGCUACGACCUAACAUCAGAGAGCCUGGUGAACCAACAGGAUUUGCCCCACGCCAGUUUUCAUGGUCAGCACCCGUACUCCUGGGGGGGGCGCACAGACAUCGACCUGGCAGUGGACGAGCAAGGACUAUGGGCGAUCUACAGCACAGAUGAAGCAAAAGGUGCCAUUGUUAUUUCAAAACUGGAUCCAGAGAGUCUGGAGGUGAGGCAAAGCUGGGAGACAAACAUCAGGAAGAAAACUGUGGCAAAUGCAUUCAUGAUCUGUGGGUGUCUGUACACAGUAGCCAGCUACACCGCACCAAAUACCACCAUCAAUUACAUGUUUGACACAUCCACAAAUGCGGGGAAGGCUGUAGCUAUUCCUUUCAAAAACAAGUACAGGUACAACAGCAUGGUAGACUACAACCAUGCCCUGAGGAAGCUGUUUGCCUGGGACAACUUCAACAUGGUGACCUAUGACCUCAGGCUGCUGGAGAGAUCUAGCCAGAUCACCAGCUAG